AGUAGUGGGAUAACCCGCACAGAUGUCACCGUGACAGAAAAUGGGGUGUGCCAUUUUAGUAAGGAAGCCCAGGGAAAGUGGUUUUGGGGUGAUUAAUUAUUAAGACUGUACUUUGGGAUAGCUUAAGUUUAAGGUGGCAAUUUACCAAAUUUGACAGUAUAACAUAUAGGUGGAUAUAAUAUCUGGAGUAGAAAUUGGACAUCACUAUUACAAGGUACAAGUUAGAGAAAUUGUUAAGGGCAGAGGAUUAGAGGAGGUUGCCCAGGGAGUUGUUAAGAAAAGAAGGGGAGCCCAGGACCAAGCGUUGUCAACCACGGCAUCACAGGUGGCAGGAAGGUGUGGAGAACCACGCACAGUGUGGAAAGGGGCAGUCCAUGGCAUGGGAGGAGAAUCUGGAGAACGUGUGUCCUCGAGGCCAGUGGAGCCCGGGGUUUCAGGGUGCAGUUGCUUACGCUAAAUCAUUCUGAAACAAUGACCCAUACACGGACUCCCUUUUCGCUGAAACUAGGACACGUGCAAAACUCCAGAGUGCAAAACACAAGCCUUUAGAAACUGCACAUUGUCAAGUAGGGCUGCAUAUACCAGGAAGUGGGGUGGGGAUGCUAGGGUUUUUGAUCUAAGAAGGAGCCAGAAAGAGGUUUUCCAAUGAUGGUGGGCACAGCCUGGGUUGCAGAGCUUAAACCCUUUAGGCCAGCAGGGAGAGGUAGCCCAGUGUGGAGGAUUGGAGCUCUCUGUACCUGUUAUGGUUGUGAGAAGCCAAACAUGCUGGGUUUAAUUAGGAAUUAGCCGAAAGGGGUCUCUGGCUGGCAUGGAGAAGGAGAGAUGAUGCCUUUGAAAAACCCCACGGAUGCCCAGGGAAAGGUGAAAAAGCAAAGAAAUGUGGGAACAAAUCCUUGUUCCUAAGCAACAUCCCUGCUGAGAUGACAGAAGAAUGGCUCUGUACUGCAUCCUGAGGUGGCGGAUCCAGGAAGACCUUGUCGUCUUCAAAGCUGAGUGAUGAGAAAAGGCCCAGCACAAGUGACCUACAGUUAUUGUGAGAGAAAGCGGGAAAUGGAACAGGAACACAAAUGGCAGAUGAAGAGAAGUCCAGCUGAACACUAAGACUUGGGAAUAGAUGUCCAGACAGCAGGUGACCUGAUGGAGACUGGCCAGGAGUAUCAGAGCAGACUUUUGUGGCAAGUUGGAUUGGCCAAUUAUGAAACGUCAAUGAAGGAGAGAACCAGUUUGGGAAAAACACUUAAUUUGAGUGCAGCUGACGUUUCAAAACUGAUUAUAAAUAACGGAAGCUACUCAGGAGUGAAGCCAAAGUUGUGUAAUGUGUGUCAGAACACGUUUCUCCCUGGUGAGCCUGGUGGGAUGCGUGUUGGAGAGAAUGCCAAGGAAUGUCAUACAACUGGGAGCCCCCUCAGGUGUGCCGAGUGUCCUAGUUGUCAUCCGAGGAAUCAGACUUUGCAGCAGCCUCUUGAAUUUAGUGGGCAAGCGAAAGACUUCAACAAGGGGGCAACACUCUGUACCUAUAGGAGAGCUCACAUGGGAGAGACUGCCUAUAGGUAUAAUGAACACCGGGAAGCCUGUGGUAAGUCAGCUGUCACUGCCCAAGAGAGAACUCACAUAGGGGAGAAUCACUGUGGAUGUAACAAAUGGAGGAACACUUUUUGUGAGAAACCAACACAGUUGCAUCUUGGUCUAGCCGAUUUUGAGGAGCAACGCCAUAAACAUGAUCAAAGUGGGGGUAAUUUCAGCAAGACAUCACACCUCGCUCAGCUUUCGAGAACUCCGUUAGAAGAGAAAACUUUUGAAUGUGAUGUAUGUGCUAAAACUUUCUACAAGAGGUCUAAUCUCAGUAAACAUCGGAAAAUACACACAGGAGAGAAACCCUAUAAAUGUAGCGAGUGUGAGAAGACCUUCAUUAGUAAAACAGUUCUUACAGUACAUCGGAGAACUCAUACAGGGGAGAAGCCCUAUGCAUGUGUCGAAUGUGAGAAAUCUUUCUGCCAUAAGUCACACCUGACUGUUCAUCAGAGAAUCCACACAGGGGAAAAACCGUAUGAAUGUUAUGAAUGUGGGAAAUCCUUCCCUGUGAAAACAAAACUCACCGUACAUCUGAGAACACACACAGGGGAGAAGCCCUAUGAAUGUAAUGAAUGUAGAAAAACCUUUUAUGAGAAGUCAGCUCUCACUGCACAUCAGAGAACUCACACAGGUGAGAAACUCCACGAAUGUAAAGAAUGCAGGAAAGCUUUCUGUGGGAAGUCAGCUCUCACUGUACAUCAGAGAACUCACACAGGAGAGAAACCCUAUGAGUGCAAAGAAUGUUGGAAGAGUUUCUGUCGGAGGUCAGCCCUCGCUGUCCAUCAGAGAACUCACACAGGAGAGAAACCCUAUGGAUGCAAUGAAUGUGGAAAGGCCUUCUGUCAGAAAUCACACCUCGGCAAACAUCAGAGAACUCACACAGGGGAGAAGUCAUGUAUGGCAGAGACUGGCAGUGUAUUCUCCAAGACCCACUUUCUUUUUCUCUUAGCACAUAGUUAGUCCGCAUUUCUCAGCCUUCCUUUUCCAGGACCGUGUAUCUGAGCUCUGGUUGGUGGUAUGGAAACACAGUGGUGAACGUUAAUUUAGGCCUCUCCCACAGAAACUCUUCGGUGCGCACUUGGUUGCUCAUGCCUGUGAGUCCUAAAUACAGAUGUCAUCUAGGGUAGCCUUGGGAACACAUGGCAGAAGAUGGCAAUUGUGACUUUGGACAGAAGAUGUACCCCCCAAACUCCAUGUGUAACUGACACAAGUGAGAGACGUCUAUGCUGUUGAGCUGUCCCACGUCUGGUCUUGAAGCACUGCUGCACCACCACCCUGCCAUUGCUCAUUCGCUUUAUGAGCAAGAGCAUUCUGGGACAGGUUCCGGCUUUGGUACAUCAGAAAAUUCACACAGUGGAGAAGCCUGUGUUGUGUUCUUUCAUCCCCUAGUUUGUUUAUGAAAACAAGUGAAAUCAUUGGAGAAACAAAGAAUCAACAUAUUUGAGUAUGUUUUUAUCUGUCAGAGGCAUCAUGAACACUGAGAACUAAGGAUAGUACAGCCUUGAAGUGUCUUUAAUGUGUCAAGAGUUUCAAUAAAACUUUUUUAUGUAUGAGAGAAUUUGUAAUGAAGGGAAGAUAAUCAAUUUAGGUAAUAUGGAUGAAAAAUUUCAAAGAAAUAUUAAAUACAGUAUUGAGGUAUUAAAAAAGAGUUGACUACA